AUGCCCUUCGCAGUAUCCACAAGUAAGAGCCCAACAGCUGUUUUGGGUGCCGUUACCGGCCACUUUUUAGGAAAUAUAGAAGGACCUUUAGUUCUUCUGAAUCGACUGAAUAUGGUUUCUUUAUUCAAGGAAAAGGGCCAGUCGUUUGAGCACAUUGGGGACUUUUCCCUGUUUGCCUCGUUAAAGUUUCUGGAGGCGUUGCCGUUUUUCAGCUCCAAAGGCGCUUAUAGGCAUGUGGCUUUUUUUCUUUCUGUGAAGCAGGAAGUAUCUCUCGUGGCAUUCAGAAGCGAGUAUAAUGGUGAUGGCGAAAGACGGGUCGAAAUGGUUACCUUAUUCUACGGCGACGUUGACACGUAUUUUCAUCAACAGAGACCAAGUGAAGUUUCGCUCUGCUGCUCGGGGGUAUAUCGCACACCAAUGGAUGAAACACUUCCGAUAGUUACUUUCUCCAUUCACAGGGGGGGCGUGUUCGUGUUUGAUGCAGCGGCGGCUAUUGCAUCCUACAACCAGGGCUCGGAAAGUUUUUCACAGUCCCUUGAUGCUUUAUUCUCGAGCAAUUACACACACUGCGUAUUGAAAAGGCAAAAACAAAGGGCCCUCUUUACCUAUGUUCAUUUCACUGCAGCUGAGAUUGAUGUGCGCCGAAUUGCUUUAGGACAUGCAGACACUGAGAAGGGGCUAGUUUAUUUGUAUGUUCUUUACGCCGAUUCCUCCACAAGAACGCACUUGUCCGAAUAUACCAUUGAUUUCGGGAAUAAUGAGGAACAACGAAGAGGUGUAAAGUCGUCUAGUCGUCCGUGGAUCCCAGAUGCCGUUGAAGGCCUUCCUGGGGGAAGCAGUUUUCGGCGAAAGAUGGUGCUUCUAGCCAAUGUUGAAACCAACGCAUGUGUACUGCAUGUUGUAUCUGAUGGGUUGUUCGUUGCUGGCCCUCAGUUGCUAACAUUUAUUUCUCGUAAAGUGACGGCAACUCAAUCGGCUUCAUGGAAGAAUGUUACAACCGUGGCGUUCCCUCCAUUUCCUGUGUACAUUGAACCUGUGUGCUGUGCUUCUCUACCGAAUCGUGAGCUUCUCAUUGCUUUUUGGGAUGGAACGUAUGUCAAGGCAAUGAUAAUGGGGGAAAUUGAGAGCCUCAAUCAGUACAAAAUAGUAUUCACAUGUUGUGUACUCUCGUCCUUGCGCACUAUACCAAGCUCCAUUGCGGUUGUGGAUAACUUUUGUGUUUUGGGGUCUCGCAUGGCUGAUACACUCUGGAUGAACUGGAUUUCUGGUGAGAGUGGUGUUUUGGUGAAAAAUUGUGGUCCUGUACUAAACAUUACAGUGGAAACAGAUGGCCCUCGCAUGAGUGUCAUUGCAAGUACAGGCGUAGGAUCAAACGGAGGAUUGAGUCUUGUGCGUUCGUCAGUUAAGGUUCAACAAGAUACUUCCAUUGAUAAUCUUUCGAAUAUGAAACGUAUAUGUGUAGCCGGGGAGGUGAUUAUUUUUACUUUUCCUGGUUAUAGUCGUGUCUGUCGUGCAACGACGAAAGAAGAGUCUACGAUGGUUCUAGAGGAACUUUCAGGUACCUCAUUUGACACGUCACGGGAAACCUUGGCUCUUGUGUUCAGCGAAGGGCUAAAUGCUUUUCUACAAGUGACUGCAGUUGGACUAAAUGCUGUCCAGAGUAAUGAUUGGAAAUGUAUCAUGUGGCACGAAGCUCAGGAAAUUUCUCAUGCACACGCAAAUUCAGGACUACUUGUUUUUUCAAGCUCAGCUAGCGUAUUUGUUUUACAUGUCGACACUCUUGUUGUCGGGAAAAUACUUCAGCUGGAAAAUGAAGUAUCCUCACUGGUAGUGUUGUCAUCAGAUAGUUUCUUGAUUGGGGAAUGGAGUUCUGCAGCAGUUUGCUUGUAUCAGGUGCUUGACUGUGUACCACACCUUAGGAGCAGAUUUGUUUGCUCAGCAACUCCAUGUUCAAUGUGUGUUGUACCAUACAAGGGCGAGACGCGACUUCUCGUUGGCUUGCUGAAUGGCUAUGUUGUGGAUCUUGCUGUAAAAGACAUGACCAUACAGGGUUUUUUUCGUGAAACACUGAUAAUGAUGCAACCGCUACGGCUGUUCAAUUUGGAAAGGCAUAACGCUGUUCUGUGCCUUGGUGAAGUGCCUCUUGUUAUUAUUGUCUCCGAUACAGGGUUUCAGCUUUCAGGAAUUGACUUCAAUGAUGUCACGGCGUGCGCCAUUGUAGGAAAUCCUAGCACUUCUUCAAGGUAUCUUUUUUUUUCUCGAAGCGAGCGGGCCCUCAUCUUUGGAGACAUAAUAGAACUGCAAAAACUGAAUAUGAGUUUCCUCGCCUUUAAUGCGACGGUUACUCUUGUUAGAUACAUCUUGUGGUGGGAUGUCUUUGUGUUGUCGGUUCGUCACAAUGAAAAGGAUCAGCUGCUCUUGAUGAUGAGUCGUGAGGCUACAAAUUCAUGGGGGACAAGAGGUGGUGAGCAGGUUUCUCUCGAACUUCUCGAAAAUGAAAGAUGUGUUUUUCUUGAGCCUAUUGUCCUUGGAGGAUCCAAUGAAUUGGGUGCUGGAGAUGAACCUCAAAAGGACAGGGCGAUACUCAUAGGUACCACUUUUGCAUUUCCAGACGACCAGUUGUCUCUCUCGAGUCGUUUCAUGUGGUGCUCUAUUGAACAGGGCAAGUUAAUAACUGAGAAGCCUCAACUGCGACAACUUGGUAGCAAGGAUAUUGAUGGAGCUCUCCAAUGCUGCUGUAUUGUACCGAAUUACACUGGUCGAAUUGCACUUGGCAUCAAUGGCUGUAUAGCGCUUUAUACUUGGAAUUCUGUAGAUUCUACCUUUGUUGCUGAGGAAACAAUUUGCGCUGGCGUAAUUGUGACACGCUUAGUCCCCGUGGCUCAGCAAGGCUUAUCCUGUAUUGUGGCGCUUGAUGCGCGUCAUAGCUGUUUUUUUGUCCAGGUGGACACUAUUGAGGGGAGUCUUAGCAUUAUUGCCCGGGACUCAGAGCCACGUGGUGCCAUGGACGGUGCCAUUCUGCAAUCUGGCGCCAGCUACAAUAUGUGCUUUGGAGACGAUUUGUUCAAUCUUUUUUGCGUAUCGCAUGACACUCUUGGGUCUCAGAAACCUUCAGGUACUUCAUCCAACACGGCACCAAACCGAAAGCUUUUAACGAAGGCACAGUAUCACCUGGGUGACUUGAUCACAGCAGUACAUCAAGGAAGCUUUGCUCCUUGCUCUGUUGUGAAUGACGUUGUUCCGAUCCCAAAUACGCUUGUUCCAGGUGUUUGUGGGCCACAGAUUGUUUUUGGAACGUCUCAUGGAGCUUUUGGAACAAUCACUCCUGUGACAAACGAAACAUACCUUCUCUUGAAGGCCUUGGAAGUCGCUAUAACGGAGGUGGUUCCGAGUUUGGGGGGAUUUAGCCAUGCAAAUUUUCGAGAGGUUCUUUGUGCUGGACAAGAGAGAGGAUUUAGUCGAAAUGCAUCAUUUGAAACAACAAAUCCAAGAGCGGCUGAUGUACUCUCUCGUCGACGCAGACAAUACAUCUCUAAGUGUGUGUGCAGCGGAGACCUGGUCGAAACAUUCCUGACUCUUUCGGAGGAAACUAAGCAGCAAGUAGUGUCUGAAACCGAAAUACGAGUGGUGCGAUGGUGUGCGUCCAUGAACUCAACACUGGAGGAAUUCCUCGAGCAUGCGGAUUUGGACCACCCACCUUCUAUGAGGGGCCCUCUGACCUCGGAUGAAUAUGCGGCUGUAUUCCACAUACAUAACACAUUUCAUGAGACCGGCUUGCCCACGUUUCCAUUUAGAAAAGAAGCAAUUAAUGCGUUUAUACAGAAUCUCCAGAGGACACAUUAA